GGAACCUCCUUAUCCGGGCCGACCCAAAUCCCUCGCCGCUCCCUUCGCCUUCCCCGUCCCGCUCGGACGAAGCCCGCUUGCUCCGCCUGACAUGAUCGUUGCCGUUGCCGCCCGUAGGUUGCUCGGCCGGUCGCUUUCCCUCCGGCCCACUGUUGCUGCGAGGAUCGGGGCCUCCCGCCCUUCCCUCCGCCCGCUCCCCAGGUCGAGGCCGGCGGCCACUGCCUCUCGGUUCCCAAGGUCUCCCGUUGAGACAAGCUUCUGUUUGGAGUCCCUGCUGCCGAUACACAACGCCACGGCCUCGGCAUUGAUGACAUCAAUGCUCACCAUUUCCCGCAGAGGUUCUGGGUGGCUUUCUGAAGAUGGAUGAGUCUUAAUUUAUUUGAGGACGCUGCACUGGACAUGGAAUUGUGGAUUUCUUGGUAGUGGAAGAUUUUCUUGGAGCAAUUUAUUCCUUUUACUAUUGGUUUCAUCUAUUGGACAGGAUUAAAUGGUAUGAAUAAAGUGAUACUAGUUGGAAACUUGCAAUUUUGGCUGUCUUUUUUCUGUGGGAUUUUGCAGCAACAAAGCAGAAUGUUAUCUUGAACAGUCACAACAUUAACAUCAUCAGUUAGCUCAGUUAGCUGGUGAUUUGCAUUAGGCUGUAACUGAACUAUGUUAAGCAAAGUGAUAUAUUAUCACAGAUAAAAUUAUAAACGAGGUGUUUGAUGUAAUGUUCAUAUAUGUUCGUAUCUUUCGAUUUUGUUCAUGUUUUGAACAACAUGUAGAGGGUUGAAAAUAGACUUGAAAAUAGACUUGCUAGUCAUAUUUUGGUUGGUUUUGAUGAUCAUUUUAAGCCUAUGAACGAAGGUUGUGUCAUAUGAGCACUUGUGGGCAUUUCAGUU